CUCCUCCUCCUUCGCCGCAACCGUAGGCGCAAUUGCAAAGAGAAGGGAAAGAAAAAGAACAGAGGAAACGAACAAAAACAAAAAGGGGGCACGGACGGAGAAGAAAUGGAGAGAGAGAAAGAAGCAGGCAUCCAUCUUCCAAUCUUCAACGAAGGAGACUUGGAGGAGCAGGUAGAUAGAACAGAGAGAAAGAGAGUAUCGAUAUCAAUGCCGAAAUCCGGAGGAGGAGGAGUGUUUGAUCGUGCGAGAGAGCCCCUUCUUCCCCAGAAGGCGUCGUACACGCGUUGUCUCUCCCACGCCGGAGACGAGCUCAAGAGCUUCCGCUCCUGCCUCCGCUGGCUCUGCGUCGACCAAUCCGACGGCCCCCGCGCCGUCCUCUCCUGGUCCCUCUUCUUCCUCCUCGGCCUCUUCGUCCCCGCCGCUUCCCACUUCCUCUUGAUCUACUCCCCCGCCCGCCGCCCCUACGAUCUCGCCGUCCAGCUCUCGCUGACGGCGGUCUCCUCCCUCUCCUACCUCUGCCUCUCCGCCUUCCACCGCCGGUACGGCCUCCGCCGCUUCCUUUUCCUCGACAAGCUGGUCGGGGAGAGCGAGCGCGUCCGCCUCGACUACACCAUCCAGCUCAGCCGAUCCUUCCGCCUCCUCGCCUUCUUCAUCAUGCCCUCCUUCGGCGGCGACGUGGCCUACAAGAUCUGGUGGUACGCGACCGGCGCAGGGAGGGUCCCGGACUACCUGAUACUAUUCGGGGGGAGGUGGGGCGCGUGGGCGAGCGAGGCGGCGGCCUGCGGGCUGGAGCUGGCGUCGUGGAUAUACCGGAUGGCGAUAUUCUUCUUGGUGUGCGUGCUGUUCCGGCUGAUUUGUUACCUGCAGAUACUGCGGCUGCAGGACUUCGCGGCGGUUUUCCAGGAGGAGUCCGACGUCGCGGCGGUGUUGAGGGCGCAUCUGAGGAUAAGGAGGCAGCUCAGGAUUAUCAGUCACCGGUACCGGGCCUUCAUUGUGUCCUGCCUCGUUUUGGUCACGGCCAGCAAUUUCGUGUCGCUGCUGCUCACCACUGGCCGCCACCAUGCCUCGACCAACAUCGCCAACACCGGCGAGCUCGCUCUUUGCUCAAUUGGACUUAUGACUGGACUGCUCAUAUGCCUGCGUAGCGCUGCGAAGAUAACCCAUAAGGCUCAAGCAAUUACAAGUCAUGCUGCAACAUGGCACGUUUCUGCUACCAUAGAAUCCUUUAGUGCAGACACUGAAGACCUGGUGUUGGAAACAUCUGCAAGUGUCUACCCAUUGAGCAAUUCCGGGGGUGACUCAGACGAAGAAGAGACUGGGGAUGAGCUUGGAUUGGAUGACACAAAGCUCAUGCCAUCUAAUGUCAACACCAUUUCCUUUCAGAAGAGGCAGGCACUAGUGACAUAUCUAGAGAACAACAGAGCAGGGAUCACUGUGUUCGGGUUCGUGGUGGACAGAUCUUCGCUACAGGGCUUAUUUAUGAUUGAAUUUUCUCUUGUUCUGUGGCUGUUGGGGAAGACAAUCGGUAUCUCUUAGGGCCAUCAUGAUCUCCUUCGAUUUAUUCUUUUGGAUAUGGAUUCUCACCCUCCUCACGUAAAGGAAAUGGUAUAGAUUUAUGAGAUACGAAAGCAAUGGUGGAGGUUUUCAGGUACUAUGAGUUCAUGUCAGCUGAAAGUAUCACGUAAUAUUUGCUCGACUAUUUCCCAAGGUGUAAAAUUGGCUCUUAAUACCUUAUAUUUUGUUUUGUAACUUCCUAGAAUAUAUCUCCAAUCACUCGUGACACAUGUUUAUUAUUUUGCAAAUCCUAUAAGAUUGGAAUAGGUGAAUGUGUGUUGAGGCACCUGCAAUACAUCUACAGAUGAUCUUAGUGACAUUGGCAAAUACAUCUCUGUUAUCUGGUACGAAUGCUGCAAGAACACAAUUUGAUUUCCUUGCAUUGAAUAUGAGUAAGAUAUGGGCAUGGUAAUGUUGGUUUUACAUAA